GCCAGGCGGAUCGCUAGCCGGCCAGCUAGCACUAGCAGGCAGCUCAGCAGGCCACAACGGCCGCCGGUGCGUCUUCAGCUUCCAGCUAUGGCGUUAGUUACUCUGCAGCGGUCCCCGACCCCCAGCGCCGCGUCCACCGCCAGCACCGCGACCACCACUGCGGGCGAGGUCUGUCGAACAAAAACGAACGCUCCGGGGUGUCGUGGCGUUUUUGGGGGCGAUGUUGCCGGAGAAAGGCCCCUUUUGCUUGAAACGACCGCUAGCUACCGUUCGUUGUGUUUUUGCGAACCAGUGCUUCUCUAUAUUGUCCCGACAUUGCAUCUACCGUAUACGCUCGUUGAACUGACGUUGAAUGAAUGAAUUUUUAAUUGACACGGGGGGGGCGGGGGGGAUUACAAAAGAAAGAAUACACUUUACAUUUGGUUACCCGGUUAGGCGUAAAAUUGGAUAAAGUUGAGCUUGCGCUAGACUUAGAAGCAAUGUAGCUAACGUUAGCUAGUUCAUGACGUGACUGGCCAGCAGUUAUUAUGACGCUUUAAUUUAAUUUAAAUCGAUUAAAUAGUCUGCCCGGCACAACAUUAUUAAGACAGAGGAAAACCAUGCACCCCCCCCCCCCCUCCAAGCUGCCCUUUAUCCACUGUUAUGACAUUUGAUAUUAGAGCUCGUGAGACGUUCGUGUUUUCUUGGAUGGCUUGUCAUAUUCCUGUUUGGAUUCUAGAAAGCCAUCGUUAGAGGAGUAACCAGACACUUGUCGAGUAAAAGACUUAUUAUUGCCCCACAUAGUGGCUUUAUUGUAUCAUUUUUGAGAGGUUGACCUGACAUUUAUGUUCGGUUCUGAAUGACAGCAACUUCCCAUUUCAAUUUUAAACACAGUUGUUAGCCUCGUCUUCACUGUCGGAUGGGGGCGCUAGCUAUCAAGUUUAACAAUCACCCAUGUUAAAAGUGUACAACUGCACUGUCUCGUAGUGAAGUGUCUGUUUUGCUGACCUUAUUUAGCGUCACGAAAGGUGACAUCUCUGAAUAUUAUGCACCUCUGUGAACUACAACCGAAAUGAUAAAUAUUGUUAAAGUAAUACCUGUCUGAGAUCUCUGUAUUGCAUCGUAUUCAGUUGUCAUUCUUAGUGUAAACUAGAUCUCGAGUAAUAAUAUCUGCUUUUUUAUUUUAAAUGACAUGUAUGUUUUGGCCAUAGCUAUCUUAAAUCAACUCAAAGGGGUAUUGAAAUAACCUUGUACCAAUACCACGGUGUUAAGCAUACAAGGACACUGCGAUUACACUGUAAUUGUUUUCAUUUGUGCAGCAGUCCCUGCUAUUAUAUUUUUUUCAUGCUGCUAAUUUAAUAAUGCAUCUGUAGUGGCUGGCACAGCCCGCAGAUGUCCGGUGACAUGGAACCGUUAAAGCUGCUGCAGCUAUGAUGUCAUCGACUCGACGAGGAGUGGGUGCAGUGAUGGAGUACUACUACUGCAAGAAAACAGCGCAUACACAGAAAUGAUGCUAAUGAUUUUGGGAGCGAAGAUGAACGGCGGAUGAAUCAAAGCCUGAGUGAGAGCUUCUUUAUGGUGAAGGGUGCUGCGCUCUUCCUACAGCAAGGGAGCUCCCAGCAGGGCCAAAAAGUGCAUCCUCACCACAAACAUGCAGGGGACUUACCGCAACACCUACAGGUGAUGAUAAAUAUUCUUCGCUCAGAGGACCGGAUCAAACUGGCCGUGCGGCUGGAGAGUGCAUGGUUAGAUCGUGUGCGAUACAUGGUAGUCGUGUACACCAGUGGACGGCAGGACACAGAGGAGAACAUCCUACUGGGAAUCGACUUUACUAACAAGGACUGCAAAAGCUGUUCGAUCGGCAUGGUGCUGCCUCUGUGGAGUGACAGUAAAAUCCAUCUGGAUGGAGAUGGGGGCUUUACUGUGAACACUGCAGGGCGGACUCAUGUCUUCAAACCUGUGUCAGUGCAGGCUAUGUGGUCAGCUCUUCAGGUGCUCCACAAAGCUUGCGAGGUGUCCCGCAGAUACAACUAUUUCCCCGGGGGUAUGGCUCUCACUUGGAUGGGUUAUUAUGAAAGCUGCAUUGCUUCAGAGCAGAGUUGCAUCAAUGAAUGGAACACAAUGAAGGACUUGGAAUCCACACGUCCAGACUCGCCCACUAUGUUUGUCGACAAGCCUUCGGAGAGAGAGAGGACCGAGUGCCUUAUCAGAGCCAAACUCCGAAGCAUCAUGACAUGCCAGGAUCUUGAGAAUGUCACAUGCAAACAGAUCCGCACUGAGUUGGAGCAGCACAUGAGCUGCAACCUGAAGGAAUUCAAAGAGUUCAUCGACAAUGAGAUGCUGUUGAUUUUGGGCCAGAUGGACAAAGCUACACUCAUCUUUGACCAUGUCUACCUGGGCUCUGAGUGGAAUGCAUCAAAUUUGGAAGAACUGCAAGAGACGGGGGUGGGAUAUAUCCUCAAUGUUACCAGAGAGAUAGACAACUUUUUUCCAGGCACAUUCAGUUAUCACAACAUACGUGUGUACGACGAAGAGGCCACUGACCUGCUGGCUCACUGGAACGAUACGUACAACUUCAUUGUUAAAGCGAAAAAGAACUACUCCAAGUGUCUUGUUCAUUGCAAGAUGGGUGUCAGCCGAUCUGCCUCCACAGUCAUUGCGUACGCCAUGAAAGAGUACGGCUGGUCGCUAGAGAAAGCGUACAACUUUGUCAAGGAAAAGAGGAGCAUCACACGACCGAACCCAAGUUUCAUGAGACAGCUGGCAGAGUACGAGGGCAUCCUUGAUGCGAGCAAACAGCGUCACAACAAGCUGUGGCAUCCAGACGCAGACUGUGAGAUGGCCGAGGGCCAGCAGGUGUCGGCCCAGUGCUGUGGUGAGGAAGAGGGAGACCACCUGACGCCAGAGCCAACCAUGUCUCCCUGCUGUGAAGAUAUGCUGCCCGAUAAAGGUGCAGCGUGCCCCUCCCCCUGCCGAAAAGUGGCACUGGAGAUCGACCCCGCCUACAACAACUAUUAUUUCCGGAGGCUGUCUGACUCUGCGCUGGACAGCGAGCCCUCAACACCGGUACGUGGCCCUCCUCUUCUUGGCAUGGAGAAAGUCUUCAUUGAAAUCGAGGAUGUGGAGCGAGACGCUCUGCUGGACGAUGAGGCAUUCGAUGGGCGAGAGGGUCUGGGGCUUCCCCAUUUUGGGUCUACAGCGAAGGGCACGGCAGCCCAGACCUGCAAUCGCGGCCCAGAGCCCCUGGAGGAGCUGCGUCUGCGACUGGAGUUUAGCACAGUGGAGGAAGAGGAUGAAGACGAUGUGCAAAAGGAGGAGGCAGACAUGGAGGUACUGAUGCAGCCAGAUGCCGGAGGGGGUGGCGAUCGAGGCGGAGGCGCAGAGGAAACGCAGGAUGUGGAGGUCGAAGGCGAUGUGGACGGCAAUGGCAUGGACCUGGCAACCCUGAAUGAAAAUUCCAACAACAACAACUGUUUUACCUCUCACCAGAACUUUAAUGGAAAAGCUGCCCCUCUUGCAGCUGAUGUGUCUUUAUGUUCACAGAGGGAUUUUAAUUCCAAGCAGAAGGACAUUUCGCCAACCUCUGUUUCAGAUCCUUGCCUUAAGCUCAGUCCUCCUGAAGUCCUAAGUGCUCCAUUUCUGCUACCCCAGACCUCUUCUGAAGACCUCCAGUGUUCAAUGUUGUCCCUGUCCGACUGUGCCAACAGUGCUUCCUUUGGUUCUUCAGCUCUCCCUGAUUUACCGCAGCCGCCAGCGGACUCCCUUCAUGUUUUAGGGGUGCAGGACUGUGGUGAUAUGUUGCAUGUAAACAUAGAGUGUGAAAAUAGGCUGUCUGUAACCUCUUCAGAGGCUCUCCCUGAGCUGCUGGCGAUGGAGUUUCACAGAGAUACAUCAGCCAUGGCUUGCUACCUAAACCAGCAGGACACUUUUGUGGAGCUGCAGAGGUCAGGUGUGGUGCGCCGCCACGCAGAGAGACUGGAGAGACUUUCGGGUUUGACCCAUGAGAGCCUGCAUUCCUUGAAGCCUUUGCACGAAUGUCAAAUGUCCAAGAAGAACUUUCAAAACGAAGAGGAUGAGUUCCCUGGCUUUCCUAGAGACUUGAUGAAAUCCUCUACACCGUGCCAAGUAAGGUUAGAGCCCCUGGUUGUUCCACUCACCAAUGAAGCCUUGUCGGGGGUGGUGGGGUCAGGGAUGCUCACCCCCACCUCCUCGCCUCACGGCACCACCCUGACACGCAGCUCUAGCAGUGACAGUCUACGCAGCGUGAGAGGAAAGCCCGGCCUCGUACGUCAGAGGGCGCAGGAGAUUGAGACACGCAUGCGUCUGGCGGGCCUCACUGUGUCGUCCAGGCUCAAACGGUCCAACUCGCUGGCCAAGUUGGACAGCCUCAAUCUCUCCUCUGAGGACCUGUGCUCUGCCUGCUCUUCAGAUGCAGGAACACUACUGCUUCUCUCGCUGUCCCCGGAGCCAGCUCACAGCGUGGAAUGGGAGUCCCCUGCCACCCCUGCUCAAUUCCGACCCUGCAAGGACCUGCACACUCCAGAGAAAGCUCUAGCAGGGGAGCCCAUAAGCUGACACGCACGGUGGUACUCCAGGUCCCCCUCAUCACCACCAUGUAGCGCUGUAGAGGGUUGUACAGAUUGUGGAAACAAACAAACAAACAAAAAGAAUAUAUACAAAGCAUUCACUUAUUUGCCACAUUGUUUGUCAAUCUACUUUGACAGUGAAAGUCAUAUUGCUGUAUCUGACAAGGAAAGCCAUCAGUUCACCUCUGACUUGGUUGGGAUAAACAAGUGCCUUACGUUUGAGACCAGAGAGGCACAACGUUUUAGGCAGAAGGAUAAGAGGCUAAGAACAACCUUUAAUUCACAGCCCAUAGUUCCUGGUAUGGGCCCGUCUGCAUUUUUUUUUUUUUUUUUUUUUUUUUUUUUUUUUUAAACCAGUCCGGUACAAAGUAGUAUUAUUGUUAAUUGACAAACCUUUUUCCAGUCAAAGCGUUGUGAAAGUGUUCAUAAUUGUAGAGUUGUUUACUACACUGUUCUUUGUUUUAGAUGCCAUAGGCCUUCAUGUCGAAUUCAUGGAGAGCCGUUUCUCGUUGACGUUGAGAUCAAGUUAUGGAAUUGAUGAGUGACGAUGCAUGAGUGAAUGAAAGGAAAAGUGGAGUGAGUUAGGCUUUUUAGUCUUCAACACACAUCAGAAUAAUUUCUGAGUAUGUUGUUCCUUUGCACUUCUUUUUUUUUUUAAAUUAUGUAUACUGGUACACAACAAGCUAUCUUCCAAAAUAACAUUAGAGUAAUGUUAUCCACCUCAUCAUUCCCUUCAGUGAACUUUGUGAAAACAGUGAGCAGUCAUGUUGUUUGGACUUGAAAUCUGUCGAAUAUAAUAACACAGAUCAAGAAAUUCAUAUCAGAAAUGGUCUUUCCCUUUCUAGUUCUGUGAACAUUUUUGACAAGAUAUCAAUGAGAAAAAGUCAUCCUUGAGGAUUGCCAACAUCACAGUCAUUGUUUUUUAAAUGUGAAAAACCAAAGCUCUAUGGCUGUUUCAUCAAAUUGAAGCCGUACAAUAGAGUCAUCAUGUCAAUCAAGUAUUUAAAUGCUCUCACUGCUGUUCAACAUUUUGCACAUCUGGGAGAAAUGGAAAAAAACUUGAGGGAGUUGUUGGGCUUAUUGCUGUCAGGCUGUUACGCUCAUAUCCACUUUUUAAAACUACGAUCACGAUACACAUUUUUGAUAACCAUGAUUUUUUUUUUAAUAUAUACUUAUGCAGUAACUUUUGUACUGUACAUUGCUGUAGUUAUAAUGCAUAUUGCACUUUUUAUGUUAAUGUACUGUAUGUGUUGAUUAUGAAAAUAAACGUUUUUUUUAUUGUAAAGGUA